ACUGCUUAUUAACCCUCCUCUUUUUCAAAUGUCCACAUCUUAUCUCCUUAUAAGACAGACUGAACCAUAGCCAUUAUGCACAUGCUCAGUUUAGUGUGUAUUGUUAGAGAGAAUGCAUGUGAUCAGCACAGGGCCAAUCAGCACUGUCCAGACAGAGGUCAGGGGUUCUGCAUCCUCCUAGAGCAGAAAGAAAACUCCUCCUACAAGCUUUAACCAGUGCUCUACUGAACACUGGUAGAAGUCACAAGACUGCUCUAACAGCCGAUGAGAAAAGGUAUUUAGCUGUUUAUAUUUACUAA